AUUAUUCCAACGACAUUUGUACAUUGAAAUCUCACUGAUAAAUUCUGUAUCUAGCUAUGUCUUUCCAGGCGCGCCACCAGAACCUCGUCUCUUCCAGCUCUUCGAGUCCAUGGGUUCCAAUUAAACCAAUCAGAGACUAUUUCUUUAAUGGAAAAAUUGUCUGCGUGGAUCACUUGAUAUCUAGUCAUUUUUAUACAAGGAAGAAAGGUCGUGUAAGGAUAUCUCAUUUGGGAAAUGGUAAAUUUAGUCUUAGCUGCAGUUUGUCAGAUUCAGGAAAACAACCGAGUAGCUUUCGCAAAUUAAGAAGGAUAGAUCAUCUCCUGCCUUUGGCUUCUGCUGAUGAUGGUGUGACAGUUAAUGGGAGUUCCAAGGCCAGAACCAGCAAUGAUGUUGAGGAGAUGAGGUACAAAUUAGAUCAGUCUUUGCAGGAUGAGGACUACUCUACUGGCCUAGUUCAGUUAUUACAUGAUGCUGCAAGGGUAUUUGAGCUGGCAAUAAAAGAACAGAGCUCAUUAUCAAAGUCAACUUGGUUCUCAACUGCGUGGCUUGGUGUGGACAAAAAUGCUUGGGCUAAGGCACUUUCGUAUCAGGCAUCUGUAUACUCUCUUCUGCAAGCAGCAAGUGAGAUUUCUUCUCGAGGAGAUGGUCGAGACAGAGAUAUCAAUGUUUUUGUCCAGCGGAUCCUAUCAAGGCAAUCUGCUCCUUUGGAGAGUGUAAUUAGAGAUAAGUUGUUGGCGAAACAGCCAGAAGUUUUCGACUGGUUUUGGUCUGAGCAAAUUCCAGCUGUGGUGACCAGUUUUGUUAAUUAUUUUGAAAAUGAGCAGCGUUUUGCACCUGCAAAUGCAGUGUACAAAAAAGGCCUGUCCUCAGUUUCAGGCAAUUUAAGUGAUGUAUCCCUGCUCAUGCUUGCACUUAGUUGCAUAGCAGCGAUCAUGAAACUUGGCCCAACAAAAGUUUCUUGUGCGCAAUUCUUUUCUCUUAUUCCCGACGUAACUGGUAGAUUGAUGGACAUGCUGGUUGAAUUUGUCCCUGUUCGCCAAGCUUAUCAUUUGAUAAAGGAAAUUGGCCUGCGCAGAGAAUUUCUUGUUCAUUUUGGUCCUCGAGCAGCUGCUGGUAGAAUGAAUAAUGACCUGGGUGCUGAAGAGAUUAUGUUUUGGGUGGGUCUAGUACAAAAGCAGGUGCAUCGAGCUAUUAAUCGGGAGAGAAUAUGGUCCAGACUCACAACUAGUGAAAGUAUUGAGGUUUUGGAGAGGGAUUUGGCUAUAUUUGGGUUCUUCAUUGCCUUGGGGAGAAGUACACAGUCCUACCUAUUCGCUAAUGGCUUUGAAACCAUGGAUGGCCCUCUUGAAGGAUUUAUACGGUACUUGAUUGGGGGCAGUGUGCUAUAUUAUCCUCAGCUCUCAGCAAUAAGUUCUUAUCAACUGUAUGUGGAGGUUGUGUGUGAAGAGCUAGACUGGCUUCCUUUUUAUCCUGGCAGCAGCAGUACUUCCAAACGGACAUUUGGACACAAAGAUAAAGAAGGUCCCCCCAAUUCUGAAGCUAUUCCCCUGGUGUUAGAUGUCUGCUCUCACUGGAUUGAGAGCUUUAUAAAGUACAGUAAAUGGCUGGAGAGUCCGUCGAACGUCAAGGCAGCUAGAUUUCUUUCCAAAGGACACAACAAAUUGAAAGCAUGCAUGGAAGAGCUGGGAAUACAAAAGGGUUAUUUACCAGUUGAAAAGGAAUCGCAAUCCUUUGAUAAGGCAUUGGAGAGUGUUGACGAAGCUCUUUUACGGCUUGAAGAAUUACUUCAGGAGCUUCAUUUAUCAAGAUCUAAUUCUGGAAAGGAGCACUUGAAAGCUGCCUGUUCAGACCUUGAAAGGAUACGAAAGCUGAAGAAAGAGGCUGAAUUUCUAGAGGCAUCCUUCAGAGCUAAGGCAGCUUCUCUUCAGCAGGGAGAUGUCAGUAGCUCUAGAACUCCAGCUAGUGAACGGCAACAAUAUUCUAGAGGAAAAGGUAGCAAGAGUACUGACAUGAAAAUGGAGAGGAGCAGCAGUUCUCUUGGAUUAUGGAGUUUCAUAGAACGCAACCCAAACAAAUCCUCUGGCCCAAGUUCUUCAACUGCCAAUGAUAGUCAGAAUGAUGGGUUCUUGGAACAAGAAACUGAAAGCAAGGAUAUAGAUGACUCAGAAUCAAAUGAUAUUCAGCGAUUUGAACUUUUGAGGAAUGAACUAAUGGAACUUGAGAAACGAGUUCAAAACAGUGCUGACCGAUGUGAAUCUGAAGCGGACGAAAUUCAGGUUAAAAAUGGUGCAUCCAAAUACGGUAAUGAUGGUAAAGGCACUGGGUUGGUUCAGACUCAGAAGAAAGAUGGUCUUAUUGAGAAAUCAUUGGAUAAGCUGAAAGAAACAAGCACAGAUGUUUUGCAAGGCACUCAGCUUCUAGCCAUUGACACUGGUGCUGCUAUGGGGUUACUUAGGAGGGUUCUAAUAGGGGAUGAAUUGACAGAUAAAGAAAAACAGGCUCUGCGAAGAACACUGACUGAUUUGGCAUCAGUUGUCCCGAUCGGUAUUCUCAUGCUCCUUCCGGUGACUGCAGUUGGUCAUGCUGCUAUGUUGGCUGCAAUUCAACGUUACGUGCCUUCAUUGAUACCUUCGACAUAUGGACCUGAAAGGUUAGACCUGUUGAGGCAGCUGGAAAAGGUAAAGGAACUAGAAAGUGACGUAAGCAUCAACGAAAAUGCAGAGGAGUGAACCCAACCAAAGCUUCGGGGGAGAUAUUUUACUCCUUUUGUGCCCUACAUAAUCGACAUUUUCACACGCCUCAGUCAUAAUCAAAUACACCAUGUUUGGAAAAGAAAACUGGAUAUUUUUCGUAUUUUCUGUUUGUAUGGCUAAUAUUGUAAAUAUAUAUAUCGGUGUAGUUUACCUGAAUUUCGAAACUUUUUGUAGUCCGUUUAUGGUUGUUCUCUACUCAUACAUAGCUCGAUUGAAGAGUAACUUUGAUCU